UGACUUUUGAAUUGGAGGUUAAAUUGUUUUUUGAGUUCUUGGAUUUUUUAUUAUUUGUUUUGUGAAAAGAUGAAUAAAAUCGUGUCUUACUAUUGAAAAUCACCAUAUUUUGUAUUUUUUUACCAGAUAUACAAUAUCAAACCUAUAGGAAUCUCUUAGCAUCUCAAAAUUGUUGUAUAGAAUAUCUCUGUGGAGAACAAAAGAUUUUUUCCAGUAGUUUAGUAACAAAUAUGGCGGACCUAAAUGGAGAUAUAAGUUUGUUAAAAAAAAAGAGUAUUUCUGUCUUUGUAGAUGAAGCACUUCCUGAUAUUCUGGUCGUAACAUACGAGUUCGGUCUUAAGAUAUUUAAGGGUGUUCUGUUGGACUCCACCAAGAGGAAUUUGCCUUGUGGUGUUCCAAAUCUUAAUCCAGCCUUUGAUAUCCCAAAAAACCCAGAGGACAAUCCAUUAUAUGCUGUUAACCAAAGAUUUGCUUACUUGGACCCUAAUGCACAAAAGAAAAAAGUACAGGUACCAAAUAAAUACAAAAAUAGCAAAAUGACAGUUCGACUCAGACCUAGACAAGUUCUAUGCUCAAAAUGCAAAGGAAUUUGCAAUGAAAAUUCAGAAAAUGUAUCCAGAAAAAGGAAAUCUUCAGAGACUGUAAGCAAUGCUCCUUCUGCUAGCAAUAGAAGAUCAAAUGCUGCUCCUCUUACAAGGUCAGUAAAAACUUAUUUAAGUGCAAAAAGAAAAUUAAGGGGCUAUAGCCAGGGUGAAGAGGAGGAUACCAGCAAAACUAAAUGUAAAAAAUCUGAGAAAACCAAUGAAAAAUCCCCUGCAGAAAAUCCAAACUGGGUCGAUCCCGACACAAUACCAACAACAAAAAAACCACUGUCUAACAUUGAAAAUGAGCCCCAAGAAGACCCACUAUUCAUCAAGCAUUCCGAAGAACAUUCCCAAGAUUUUGAGCCGGCGAGUAGUAUAGACGUUCAACCGCCAGUCUUUCAACAGCCAACACAGACACAAGUGUUAAGGGCCGCGAGAAGAACGAGAAAGAAAAAAAGCACGGGAACAACAGACGACGAAGGCUCCACAUCCGAUCAACCGUCGUCAGCGAACCCUGGCGGCAGCUCUGGAAACAUUACCUCAAAUACCAGAACCAUAAAAAUAUCGUAUGGACCUCAGGGCGAAGGGACAGUCCUUAAAAUUCCCGCACAAAUAGACAAUAUCACUGACGAUGAUUCCGAGGAAAAUGUCAGUAUACCGACCCAGGGGGUAUCUGUCAAAUUGCUCAACACGAAGGCCGCCAAGAAAGCUAUGAAAAGGGCAAAAAAGGAAGCAAGAAGGAAAGUGCUCCUAGGGGGAAGUCCCUUGUAUCUGGGUGGGGCUUCUCCUAGAUAUCUAACUAGUCCAGGGGCUUCCCCAAGAUACACAUUGGGGGGCUCCAGUCCCAGAUACACAGUGGGAGCAGCUUCACCAAGGCAGGGACUAGGAAACAAUUCUCCAAGGUACAUGAUCUCCCCGUUUGAGCUGCCAGUUCCCCGACGAAGAAAACACAAAGUUAAGCACAAGAAGAAACACAAGGAAGACAAGGACAGGAAGCAUAAAGAGAGCGAGGUCAGCAGCUCCACCCAGGACGACUCGAAAGAACAGUACAUAACUCAAAAGCUGUCAAUUAAUUUAAAGCGUUUGAAUAAUACUUACACGUCAUAUUCCACACCGCAAGACUCGUCCGCGUCGAGUUCGGACGAGCAUAGCGAACUUCUCGUGCCCGAUUUUCCGCCUCCUAAUCCGCCACUGAUGCUUCGAAUUAAUGCGCAGACUUUGAGUAGUGCUGUCGGAGCCGAUGGUGUGCGUUUAUUAGUUGGUGACGUAGUUUGGGGGAAAAUUCAAGGGUUUCCAUGGUGGCCAGGAAAAAUUCUCACCAUAACCAACUGUAAUUCACAGGGUCCUCAAGCGCAUGUUGCCUGGUACGGAUCGUCUACUUCGAGUCUCAUGCAAUGUGAUCAACUUAGUCACUAUCUCGAUAAUUUUAAGGUUAGGUAUAAUAAACGAAAGAAAGGGCCAUACAAAGAAGCUAUAAAGCAAGCCACGACGGAAGCAACAGAAAACGCCGAAAAUAGAGUAAGACAACCUCUGGGAAAUUCGCCCUCACACAACAUAAUUCCUCCUGUACAGGUGGUCCAACCUGCGUUGGCUUCACCGCGAGAGAUCGAUGUUGCUUCGUAAGCCAUAAAAACUCCGAUUUAGUCAUAAAAUGUACAAAAAAAUAAGUUUUAAAUGUUUUAGUUAUCUUCAGGAGAAUUAUGAUUUGAAUAAUUCAGAUAUUCUUUUUUUUAAUUGUUAUUUUUGUUAGAUCUUACCCCUUUUUUUACUAGUAAGUGUUUAUACAUCUUAAACGUUUCUUUCUAAAGAAAACCAAAUAAAUCUCUAAAACUUGGCUAUUUUUAUGAGUAGGUUACUUAGGCUAGUCUUGAAUUUUCUAAAUGUUGUAGGAGACCCUUACUCCUUAAAUGUGAGUUAAAUGAAUGUUCCCAUCUAUCCAUCCUGUGUCGUCUUAAAAUUGUAAAAAACAUAUGGUUGAUACUGUUGGUUUUGGUUCCUAUUUGUAUUAAAUUUUAAUUUUUCAGUUGCCUGAGGUUGAUUUUGCUGUCUCUUUUAGUGUGUUGUAGUGUUUGAAGCUAGAGCCUCAUAAGCGUAGCGAAUUUUUGUGUUAUGUUUAUAAAUUUAUUUCAUUUUUAGUGCAACUCACAGGUAAAUUAAUUUCAUUUCAAAAUUUUCUUUUUUGCAUCUCUUAAUUUUUGUUUAGAAGCUACUUUACUUUUCUGUUUUCGGUAGGUAUAUUUUUGAAAUUGUAUGACAUACAAUAAUAUAUCUGUGAUUUUAUUCUUUUGUCAUAAAUAAACUGUAAUUAAAUAUACUUAACUUCUUU